CGCCGCCGCCGCCAUUCGGCGAGCGGAGCCAGAGCAGCAGCGCGCAGCGGCCAGGGCUGCAGCUGUGGCCCCCCGGAACCAUGGUGAAGUUGGGGAACAGCUUCGCGGAGAAGGCUUGCAAGCAGCCGCUGCUGGAGGAUGGCUUCGACACCAUCCCGCUGAUGGCGCCCCUGGAUGUCAACCAGCUGCAGUUCCCGCCCCCCGAUAAGGUCGUGGUGAAGACCAAGACCGAGUACGAGCCUGAGGGGGCGAAGGGCCGGGUGAGGCCAUCUAAGAUCCCCGAGUUCACAGUCAGCAGCAGCGAGGGCAUCUCAGAGCGAUUCAAGGUGCUGGUGCUGGUGCUGUUUGCCCUGGCUUUCCUCACCUGCGUCGUCUUCCUGGUUGUCUAUAAGGUGUACAAGUACGACCGUGCCUGCCCCGACGGCUUCGUGCUCAAGAGCUCCCAGUGCGUCCCCCAGGGCCUGGGCACCUACUACACCGAGCCGCUGGCGCAGGGCGCACGGGGGAGGCUGCUGGCCGCGGGGACCCCCCGCCUGGACUCGCCCGGCACCCCCCGCGGCUCCCCCUGGAUGGCCGUGCUGUCGGAGGAGAAGCUAUCUGAGCAGGAGACCCAGGCUGCCGCUGCCGAGAGGGCUGCCUAGGAGGCACGGACUCGGGGGGGGGG